AUGUACUUACCAAUGCUCACAGAAGCAUGCCUCCUGCAAGUGGACGACGGACCCUGCAGAGCAGAUGUGGAGCGCUUUUAUUACAACACCAUCACCCAGAAGUGCGAGCUCUUCUCUUACGGCGGCUGCCUGGGAAAUGCCAACAAUUUCAAAAGUUACCCUGAGUGCCAGAAGACGUGUUUCAGAAUCCCAAAAAUUCCCCAAAUCUGCAGGUUUCCUAAAGAGGAGGGACACUGCCGUGCUCUGUUGCCCCGCUACUUCUUCAACAUGACCACCAUGCAGUGUGAGCCCUUUCAUUAUGGGGGCUGCGGGGGGAACUCCAACCGAUUUCAAGACCUCGCCUCUUGCUUGGAGUACUGCAGCCCACAGAAAACUGUUCCCGUUCUCUGUCUGGACCCUCUGGACAAAGGGAAAUGCUCAGCAUCCAUCACUCGGUAUUACUACAACGCAGCCACCAAGAUGUGCGAGGAGUUCGUGUACACGGGCUGUGGUGGGAGCAGCAACAACUUUGUGUCGCGGCAGAGCUGCAUGGACGUGUGUGUUAUAGGAAGCAAAAAGCGCACAGCUCUGGGGAAAAUCCAUCAACUGCGACGAAAUCGGAACAAACCCAUCAAGUUCUUGCAGGCGUAACAUCUCAUAUGAGCAAGUCCUUCAUGGAAAUUAACGUCUGUUAAA